UAUUAUGGAAGGCAGUGGCCGGAUAAGGGCAGAAUCUUACCCUGAUAGCAGCACUCUGGUCAUUGAUGUAGCUGAAAGAGACGACUCUGGUGUUUACCACAUCAAUCUGAAAAACGAAGCUGGAGAGGCACAUGCAAGCAUCAAGAUUAAAGUUGUGGACCUCCCUGAUCCUCCAGUGGCACCGACUGUGACAGAGGUGGGAGAUGACUGGUGUAUCAUGAAGUGGGAGCCUCCUGCCUACGAUGGAGGGUCUCCAAUCCUAGGAUAUUUUAUUGAGAGGAAGAAGAAACAAAGCUCCAGGUGGAUGAGGCUGAAUUUUGAUCUCUGCAAAGAAACAACUUUUGAGCCCAAGAAGAUGAUUGAAGGUGUGGCCUAUGAGGUCCGCAUCUUUGCAGUCAAUGCCAUCGGCAUCUCCAAGCCCAGUAUGCCCUCCAGGCCUUUUGUUCCUUUGGCUGUAACAAGCCCUCCUACUCUUCUGGCUGUGGACUCUGUCACUGACACGACUGUCACGAUGAAGUGGCGUCCCCCAGACCAGAUUGGUGCAGCAGGUUUAGAUGGCUAUGUGCUAGAGUAUUGCUUUGAAGGAUGUACGUCAGCAAAACAGUCUGAUGAAAAUGGGGAGGCUGCGUAUGAUCUGCCAGCUGACAACUGGUUACCUGCAAACAAAGAUCUGAUCGACAAGACGAAGUUCACCAUCACAGAUCUGCCGACAGAUUCAAAGAUCUUUGUGCGUGUGAAGGCUAUUAAUGCAGCUGGUGCCAGUGAGCCCAAGUACUAUUCUCAGCCCAUUCUCGUGAAGGAAAUCAUAGAACCUCCAAAGAUUCGCAUCCCAAGACACCUGAAGCAAACCUAUAUCCGCAGAGUUGGAGAAGCUGUCAAUCUGGUUAUACCUUUCCAGGGAAAACCAAGACCAGAAUUAACUUGGAAGAAGGAUGGUGUAGAAAUUGAUAAGAAUCAAAUAAACAUUCGCAACUCUGAGACUGAUACAAUCAUAUUUAUUAGAAAAGCAGAGAGGAGCCACUCUGGGAAAUAUGAUCUGCAAGUCAAAGUGGACAAAUUUGUGGAGACCGCAUCAAUUGACAUCCAGAUUGUUGACCGUCCAGGUCCACCCCAAUCUGUGAAGAUUGAGGAUGUCUGGGGAGAAAAUGUCGCUCUCACGUGGACUCCACCGAAGGAUGAUGGAAAUGCUGCUAUCACAGGGUAUACCAUCCAGAAGGCUGACAAAAAGAGCAUGGAGUGGUUCACUGUCAUCGAGCAUUAUCACCGAACCAAUGCCACCAUUACUGAACUGGUCAUAGGGAAUGAAUAUUACUUCCGGGUCUUUUCUGAAAACAUGUGCGGCCUCAGUGAGGAUGCCACCAUGACUAAAGAGAGUGCUGUGAUCGCUAAGGAUGGUAAAAUCUACAAAAAUCCAGUGUAUGAAGACUUUGAUUUCUCAGAGGCACCCAUGUUUACUCAGCCUUUGGUUAACACCUAUGCCAUCGCUGGUUACAAUGCCACCCUAAACUGCAGUGUGAGAGGAAAUCCUAAGCCUAAAAUAACCUGGAUGAAAAACAAAGUUGCUAUUGUGGAUGACCCAAGAUACAGGAUGUUCAGCAACCAGGGAGUCUGUACCCUGGAAAUUCGCAAGCCCAGCCCCUAUGAUGGAGGCACUUACUGCUGCAAAGCAGUCAAUGACCUUGGGACAGUGGAGAUUGAAUGCAAACUGGAGGUGAAAGUGAUAUAUCAAGGAGUAGAUACCCCUGGACAACCAGUCUUCCUGGAGGGGCAGCAACAGGUGGACUCUCCUUCUGCAGGCUCCUCUUGCAAGGCGUACCUCCAAACAUAAUUGAUUCAUAUCUGCGAGACGUACACUCAAGCAAUCCUGAGGAAUACUGAGGGCCUGGCCACUGCCUCUCUGCACUCUGCUGCUUUGAAAUCUGGUUGAAAUGAGAAAAAGCAUUUUCUGUUUUUCCACCAGGCCCCCAAGUGUGGUCUUUUUCUUUCCUCCUAAUGUUGAAGAGAAAAAAAAAAAAUUGCCCAGAUUGCUUAAUUAAAAAUUGCAAACAAAAUCUCAUUUGAAGUCA